AUAUGAAGAAGCACUUGCAGAUUUUAAUAAAUCAUUAGAAAUAAAACCGAAUGAUGCAAAUAUACUAUGUAAUCGUGGGUUAACAUAUAAUAAUAUGGGUAGAUAUGAAGAAGCACUUGCAGAUUAUAAUAAAUCAUUAGAAAUAAGACCAAAUGAUGCAAUUACUCUAUUUAAUCGUGGUAAUACUUAUAUUAAUAUGAGUAGAUAUGAAGAAGCACUUGCAGAUUAUAAUAAAUCGUUAGAAAUAAAACCAAAUUAUGCAAAUGCAUUAUAUAAUCGUGGAAAUAUUUAUCUUAAUAUGAGUAGAUAUGAAGAAGCAUUAGAAGAUUAUAAUAAAUCAUUAGAAAUAAGACCAAAUGAUGCAAAUACAUUGUAUAAUCGUGGAUUAACAUAUAAUAAUAUGGGUAAAUAUGAAGAAGCACGUGCAGAUUAUAAUAAAUCAUUGGAAAUAAGACAAAAUAAUGUAGUUAUUUUAAAUAAUCUGGAUUAA